AUGUGCUUCGCAGCCCUCUCAGUAGUGUCGUUAGUAACAGUGGUAGUCAGCAUUCAACUUCUACGCCUGGGUCUCGUCAACGAAACGACAGACGGCCACACAUUUCAGAAAGAGAACAAGGACCACGUAAUCGUCGUAGCGUUAACUGUGGCUUCGUUAGAAGGAGUCUUUUGCGUCAUAUCAGCAUUCAUCAGCUGCCGACUGGCUUCGAAAGCAAAGAAAGAAUUGCAAAGUAAACGUGAGGGGACAUUCCACGUGAGAAUCAUGGGAGAGAAGGAUAUCGUACUCGUAUCGAAACAAGCACCUGACGGCACGGAGAAGAGGGAGAAAGUAUUUGCCACAUCCAUCUGA